CAUUCGGGUUGUCAGCUGUUGACAGUUUCAGUAUUGUUUUGAUAGGUUCAAGAAAUGCAAAUCAAAAUAAAAGACAUCAUGAAUAUUCCAACACUGAAAUAGUAAAAUAAACGUAUACUUGCAUGAAAUAUGGUUCGAAAUGAAUUUGAAAAGUUCUUAAAUUAGGUAUUACAUAUAAUGUGCUAGAUAUAAAUUGUGUUUACUUAAAAGGAGAUGUGAUAGAUAAAUGAACGUGUAUUUACCUCGUUUGGAACAGGGGAAACGAUAUCAGAGAAGUUUCUUGGUGGUAUUCCGAGCAAGAGAUAAUAUACUAUAGCCAUGAAAUUGGGAUUGACUUCAACACCUUUAAGGCAACGUAACUGUUUUUUAGCUUCUAUACUCAUAUUGAUACCGUGUACAAUAUUGUUUUUAGUAAUAGGAUCAGAUUUUUCAGCUGAGCAAACGAUGGCUCAACGAGUAGCUGAGUUUCAGAUGCGUAUGCAGUAUCUAGAAUCGAUGUAUCGAGCAAAGCAGGAAGAUGUAGCAAUUCUGUCACAGUAUCUGGGAUUGUCUAGUCAAAAUGGGGAUACAACGAAUAUUUCGUUAAAUCUAAAUCUUCUAGAUGGUUUAAGUGCAAACUCAAGAUCAAUGAUUAGAAAUGUAUCUACUUCAGCCAAAUUGCCUGCAAAUUUAAAAUUACCCACAGUUUUUCAUUUCCUACCACAUUUGCUAGACGAUCCUGCCUCGCUUCGACCAGCAUAUCUGCAAUCUAAGAAUAGGCAGGGCGUUUCAAUCGUUCUCGGCAUACCGACGGUCAAACGCGAUAAACAAUCAUAUCUGUUAGAAACUGUGGACAAUCUGAUAGCCAAUAUGGACGAUGACGAGCAAAAUGAAACAAUGAUCGUUAUAUUUAUCGGAGAGUCAGACAUCGAUUAUGUAACGCAGGUUGCUAGCGGAAUAUGCUCUAGGUUUUCCUCAUUCAUUGAUAGUGGAUUCAUUGAAAUAAUUGCACCCGCUGCGAGCUAUUAUCCAGACAUGACAAAGCUUAGACAAACGCUGAACGAUUCUGUCGAACGAGUCAGGUGGCGCUCAAAGCAAAACUUGGAUUUUGCCUAUCUUAUGGCCUACACUCAACCAAAAGGUGCUUUCUAUGUUCAACUAGAAGAUGACAUUCUUACAAAAAAGGGAUUUAUCAGUAUUAUGAAAAACUUUGCUCUUGAAAAAACCGCCAAGAAGGAACAAAGUCAAUGGUUUGUUCUAGACUUCUGUCAGCUAGGAUUCAUCGGAAAAAUGUUCAAAUCUGCCGAUUUGCCGUGGCUUAUUACCUUUUUUCAGAUGUUUUUCAACGAAAAACCAGUUGAUUGGCUGCUCUACCAUCUGAUCUACACAAAAGUGUGUAGUGUUGAGAAAGACGCGAAAAGUUGCAAACAAGAGAUGUCGAAGCUUUGGAUCCAUUACAAACCAUCAUUGUUUCAGCAUAUUGGUACCACUUCGUCUUUAAAAGGUAAAGUGCAAAAGCUUAAAGAUAAGCAGUUCGGUAAAAUACCUAAUUUCUACCCACACAACAAUCCACCGGCUGUUGUAAAGACCGGCAUUCAGCAUUACAAAACAUACACACUUCAAAAAGCCUACAUAGGAGAAAGUUUUUUCUGGGGUCUAAUGCCACAGCCAGGGGAUUUGAUCGAAUUUAAAUUCAACAAUCCAGUAAUGCUUCAAAGAUAUUUAUUUCGAAGUGGGAACUUUGAACAGCCUUCUGACCGUUUUUAUAAUACAACUGUUGAAGUUCUACCAUAUAACCUAGCUGAGGAUUCCUCUGUUUGGAGUAAUUAUAAUACUACCACCGAUGGAUUUCUAGUAAUUGGCGCUUUCAACGACUUUGGAAUUGCUGAGGGUGUAAUAGAUGCGAAAAUAGGAAAACUCAAAGAACUUCGCCUACACGUUUAUAGUGACAGCCAGAAUUGGGUCAUACUGCGUGAAAUAUUGCUGCAAAAUAACACGAAUCGAUGACGAAAACGCUUUCACAUACUAGUCCAGGCAAAAACCCGCACAUUAGAAUCCUCUCGGGAUUUUUCAAAACAUAGCAAAAUGUGUCUAAAAAAACUUCAACGCAAAAUAUCAAGGCGCCACUUACGCUUAAAUAAGACAUAAUAGGUAUAUGGAAAUUGUAACCGUACCGUAAAACAUCGUAACGUAACGUUUUGCACGUAUUUUUUCUGAAAUAUGCUAUAUUAAACACGAAAGUUACCAUGAUUGUUAUGUGAUUGAACAAAUGUUGAAGCUAUAACAUACUGUACGUAAAAUAUCGUAUGUUAUUAUUUAUAAAUGUCAUGUUCCAAGCAGUAUUGUCUCACAUAUAGAUCACAUUUGUAUCACAUUUAUAUUAUUGUCAGUCAUGCAAGCAAAAUAGCAGCAUCUAAUUUUCUAAGAAUUUUUGUUCUCAAAGUUUGUAAAAAGUCGUUUAAUAACAUGGAUCUUUUUAUAUUGUGGAAAGCAAGUUUAAGUAAUGAAGUAAUUCAAACUUAAUCUUGGAGAGUUUUGUUUUAGUAUAGAUUCCAAUACGGUUGCGCAAUACCUAACCCACGAAAGGAAAGGAACACGAAAGCACAAUAGCUUACAAAGAACGUCCAACUAAAGCAACCUAUUGCACGUAUUUUUCAUGUAGAGUAGAGCGGGACUAGUUGAUCCGUUUUUUAAUUAAGUUUAUAUAACAAUUAGCUCAGUUGGGCUGACUCCUUAUAACAUGGCCGCAUUGCCCCUGUGUGCUUUGUUAUAUGUCAAUUAAAAAUGACAAUUAAUUUGCUGUUAUAUGCCUUUAUCUAGAGUAUUUCAUAUCACAGAUAAAAUAAAAAAUGUAAUUAAAAGAUGUUUUGCACUGUAGGUUCUAGGCAUAUUUUUAAUUCAAAGUAAAAGUGAAAAUAAAUCCUAUUAGUUGGGUCCUUCGAUUAGAAAAUGGGGUAAAUUGGCCAUACAAAAGUCAAUGUAUUUUGAUUAUUUGCUUUUGUGUAAGUUCAGUAUAAACGAAGGAUGAUUCUUAUUAGAAAAAGUGCAAUUUUAUAGUUAUUCAUGAAUAUUUUAUGGCAUAAUUCGCAUUACGUCCAAUUUUUUUCAAUAGCUUUCAAAAUAUAGCUCUGAACUGAACAACUCACUCCUAUGAACAAAUAGCCUCGCCCUACUCUACCUAUAAUAUGUGCGCUGGUAUCAAAAAAUUGAAAAUUAGUAUGGAAUAAGGAAUAGAUUGAGGGCAAUAUAUUUAUGACCGUAAUUGAAAGUCAAAUGCUGACACAUUUCCUCAAGAAAUCUGAAAGCAUUGAAAUUAUCUCGGUGUAUCGUACAAUCAAAGAGAGUUUCCGGCUUAACAAAACAUUUGUUUCAUAAUAAUUUAAUUAGCUUUUACAUUAUAGAAUAUAGCUAUAACGGAAGAUUAUAUACUUCAUUAUAAAGAUGGUUUUCUGCCUCAUGAUAUGUAAAUUAAGAAAAAUUAGAUCAUUUUCACAUAAAUUCGCCCCACUUCGGUACCAGAAUGUACGAAUCUCAACAUGGUUGAAUAAGUUACAUUAGUUCAACGUUCUUUGCUUAGCCUCUGCUUGCUUGGUAUAAGAAACCACAGUAAGUGUAAGUAACAGCGCAGCGCAACGCAAUAUAUAAACGGUCCUAUAAAAUGUUGUGCAUGUAAAACUGUUGUACUUUAACCCAAUUGAGGAUGUGCAAACAUGCAGUGAUUUAACAAUUCCUAAAUUGUACACAUAGUUUUAAUAUUAUUG